CCCUCAUUUGACGGGCCAAGGUUAUACUCCGUAUAUAUCUCUCUACGUGUUGUGUAUAUAUAUAGUAUGUAUUUAUAACUUCAUUUCAUUUCUAUAUCGCCCAAUCGUAACAACCAGGCUCAAUCAAACCUAUCUCUCCAAAAACAGGCCACCAAAAUCACCAUUCCACCCUCCAUUGGUGGUGGCACGUGCUUUUACACAACAUUUUGAUGGGUCAAUCCUCCUCCACCCGGGGGUUCUCACCACCGGCCUCAACCCAUCGCCACAGCACCUCCCUUCCGUCAACCGAAGCCAUUACGGAAUUUUCCGAGGGCAUUAUGGGAAUUCAGGACUACAUUUCCGAGCUCCCCGACGAAUGUUUGGCUCUCAUUUUCCAGUCACUCAGUUCCGGUGACCGCAGGCAAAUCUCUCUCGUCAGCCGCCGGUGGCUGCGCGUGGAGGGCCAGAGCCGCUACCGCCUCUCUCUAAGUGCCAAGUCUGACCUCCUCCCUCACAUUCCUUCCCUGUUCUCUCGAUUCGAUUCGGUGACCAAACUCUCUCUGAGAUGUGACCGCCGAUCCGUCAGCAUAAACGACGACGCUUUUAUCGUGAUCUCGCUCCGGUGCCGAAAUCUCACGCGCCUCAAGCUCCGCGGUUGCCGCGAGCUCACCGAUCUCGGCCUGGCCGCUUUCGCGCAGAACUGCAAGGGUUUGAAGAAGUUAUCGUGUGGAUCCUGCACCUUCGGGGCCAAAGGUAUGAACGCAUUUUUCGAAUACUGCUCGUCUCUCGAAGAACUCUCCGUCAAGCGCCUCCGAGGCAUCAACGACGGCGCCGCGGCCGAGACGAUCAAUCCCGGCGCCGCCGCUUCGUCGCUGAAAGCUAUAUGCCUGAAGGAGCUUUACAAUGGACAGUGCUUUGAACCUCUCAUCAAUGGAUCAAAGAAUUUAAAAUCUCUGAAACUGUUUCGCUGCUUAGGCGAUUGGGACAGACUCUUGGAAAUGAUAGGGAAUCGAAAGAACUGUUUGGCUGAAAUCCAUUUGGAGAGGAUUCAAGUGACCGAUAUUGGACUCACUGCGAUAUCGAAUUGUUUGGAUCUUGAGAUUUUGCACCUUGUCAAGACACCGGAAUGCACGAACACCGGAAUUGUAUCAGUCGCUGAACGCUGUAAGCUGUUGAGGAAGCUUCACAUCGAUGGUUGGAGGACGAACCGGAUUGGCCACGACGGCCUGAUGGCCAUUGCUAAGCAUUCGGCUAACCUUCAAGAACUGGUACUCAUUGGGGUUAACCCUAGCCCCACAAGCGUGGAAGCACUCGCUGUGAAUUGUCAAAAAUUGGAAAGAUUAGCACUUUGUGGUAGUGAGACAAUUGGGGAUCCAGAGAUUUCGUGCAUUGCUGCUAAAUGCGUGGCUUUGAAGAAGCUUUGUAUCAAAGGGUGUCCUGUUUCAAAUGGAGGGAUUGAGGCAUUUGCUUGGGGCUGCCCUAAUUUGGUGAAAAUUAAGGUUAAAAAGUGCAGGGGAGUGAGUGGUGAAGCUGCAGAUCGGUUGAGGGCAAAGAGGGGAUCGUUGGCUAUCAAUUUGGAGGUCAGUGAGGUUGAGGCGGAAGCCGAAGCCGGGGAUGGUAGUGAUGGUGGAGCACAUGAAGAUGGUUUGGAGUUUCCACCAAUGGUGAGCCAGGUAACUGGUGUUGCUGAAGCUCUUUCCAGCGGUAGCGUCCGGCCAUCGUUGUUCAAGUCAAGAUUUGGUUUUUUGAUAGGCAGGGGUUUUGUGGCUUGCACUUUCAGGAGGUGGUCAAACAAUAAUGGUAACUUUGAAUGAUCUGAAAGUCUGAACGGAUUUUCUUGUUUUUUCUUUUUUGUUUUUGUUGUCUUUUUACUCACAGGGCAGUUUGAUUUUAAGAUUAUUAUGUCUCUUUUAUUGCCUCGCAAAUGGAAUCGCGGCAAAGAAAAUAUUAUUUUGCCCUCCUGCUAAACCAAUUCUGCUAAUUUAUUUCCAUUCCUUCAAUGUCUUGCUUUUGCUGCUGGUUCAGUCUGUUGUGUUCCUUCGAUUGAUUUUGCUUUGUUUAUGUGCGAGCAAUAGUUGAGAAGGAUCAACUGUUGUCUCCUUUCGUCCAGAUAUGUAUGGUGUUGGUUUCUAGAUGAGUUAAAACAUUUUGUAUCA